AUGGCAGUUGGCAAGCUGUCAGAGCAAUCAUCAACCUAUAUGUGGUAUGAUUCUGGUUUAACCGUUGAUGGAAAUAGAAGCACGAACAUUGACCAUAACUCCUGUAGCCAUACAGAAUUAUCUGAUAACGAAUCAUGGUGGAGGGUUGAUCAGGUUUAUUACAUCAUAUCUGUGACAAUGGUCAACCGUGGGAUGGAUCAGUACAGAUAUGUGUGUGGAUUUUAUGGUGGACCUGGAUCACUUGGUGAAUUGGUCACUAUUGACUGCCCACCCUCUACCACUGGACGCUACGUCAAAAUCUCUUUGGUCACCGCUGUAUUGACUCUUUGUGAUGUUGACGUAUUUGUUGUUCCAGAGUAA